AUUUCAUCAAAGACAAAAAAAGAAAGAAGGUUAUCGUUGCGGUAUACAUAAUACUCAAAAUACACAUACCAAAAAUACAUACUUUUCUACUACUAUUGUAUAUAUUUUUGUGCUUUAUUACUUGCUAUCUGCAUUUAGUUUCAACAGAUUUGGUACUUCAGAAGAUUUCAGUUGCAGUAUAUAAAAAAUGACCACAAAUUUCAAAGCUCUAAACUUAGAGCCUCAUCAACAACAGGAAUUUGUGAGGUUCUUCUUCAACAUGCCAGAGAAAGCACCGUCAACCGUUCGCUUCUUCAACCGCGGUGAGUUUUACACUCUCCACGGUGACGAUGCUACACUCGCAAGCUCUUGCAGAACUCUGCAAAUUAAAUGCAUGGGCACCAAACCACAGUUGAGCUACGUGUGCCUGAACAAGGCUGCUUUUGAGUCGCUUCUGCGGGAACUGCUGCUGUUCAGACAGUACAGAGUGGAGGUAUACACCAGGAGCAACCAAGGCAAGAGCACCAACGACUGGAAGUGCGAGUACAAAGGAUCUCCUGGGAAUUUAACACAAUUCGAGGAGGUGCUCUUCGAAACUAGUACCAUCGAUUUUUCGAAUUGGGUGAUGGCUGUGAAGGUUGUACAGAACAGGGACAUAGCGGUAGCGUGCGUCAAUAUUCCAGAAGGCAAGUUCUCGGUAUGUGAAAUACAAGAUAACGAGUCAUUUUCAGAGCUAGAAGGCAUGAUAGCGCAAGUUACCCCUAAAGAGGCGAUCAUGCCACUUGGAGAUUCCGUUGAACUGAAUACUAUCAAAUCACUUUUCGAUCGAAAUGGCAUCCUUUUAGCAAAACUUAAGAAGUCUGAUUUCUCAUCGAACGAUGUUUUGCAAGAUUUGAAACGUCUGCUCUUCUUUCAUGAAGACCAACAGCGAAAUGCCGCCGUAUUUCCAGAAACUAACCUGAAGGAAGCUAUGGGAUGUGUUAAUGCGCUGAUCAACUUCCUCGAGCUCAUCAAAGACGAUCAGCACUUCAACCAGUUCAAAAUGUCAACUAUUGAAACGCAUAGAUUUGUCCGUUUGGAUCUCGCAGCAUUGCAAGCAUUGAAUGUUUUACCAAAACCAGGAACGAAAAUUACAUCUGGCGGUGCUGCUGUAUCCAAAAGUUCCAGUCUCAAAGGCCUUUUGGACAAUUGCAUCACAACGCAAGGGCGAAGACUGUUAGAGCAAUGGAUAAAGCAACCGCUCAGGGAUUACAAUAUCAUCAACGAGAGAUUAGACGUUGUGGUAAGCCUGGUGAAGGAUUCGACUACCAGAUCUGUUAUCGUCAAAGACGUACUACCUAGGAUGUCGGAUUUGAUGCCAUUGGCACGCAAGUUGUUGAGCAAGCGAGCAAAUUUACAGGAUUGUUACCGUGUAUACCAGACAGUCAGAAACUUACCCAAACUUAUCAAAACUCUGACAGACAUGGAACAUGAGUGCAUAAAAUCUAGCAUAGCCGACCCCUUGAAAGAUAUUGCAAUGGACAUGCAGAACUAUUUGGCUAUGAUAGAGCAAACUUUGGAUCUGGACUUGGUGGAUAGAGGCGAAUUUCUGGUGAAACCUUCCUAUGAUGAGGAUUUAAGUGAACUGCAUGAAGAAAAAGAGAAAUUGUUAUUAAAAAUGCAGAAAAUCCAGCGUAAAGUUGCCGAUGAUCUUGAAUUAGAGGUGGGAAAAACUAUCAAGCUGGAUUAUACAGAGCAACACGGCUACUUUCUAAGGGUCACUUUGAAAGAAGAGCCAGCCCUAAGAAAAAGGAAAAAUUAUACUAUCAUAGCUACUAUUAAAGGCGGAGUACGAUUCACUAAUGAUCAGUUAUCUAGUCUCAAUGAUGAAUACCGAAAAAUUAAUAAUAGGUACAUAGAGCAGCAGAAAUAUAUAACUCAGGAGAUAUUCGAAAUAGCAUCUGGAUACGCGAAUUCACUGAAAACUAUAAACAUGUAUGUAGCAAAACUGGAUGUCUUAACAUCAUUUGCCGUAGCAGCAGUAAAUGCCCGUGUUCCUUACGUCAGGCCAAAAAUUCACAAGGAAGGAUCUGGUAUUCUUAACCUGAAAAAAUUAAGACAUCCGUGUAUAGAGGAUAACUCGCACAUCUCUUAUAUUCCCAACGAUGUUGAAUUUGAUAAAAACUGCAAGAUAAUGUAUAUCAUUACUGGUCCGAAUAUGUGCGGAAAAAGUACAUAUAUAAGGAGCGUGGGUACUUGUGUACUAAUGGCCCAAAUCGGUAGCUUAGUGCCCUGCGAAGAGGCAAAUAUAUCAUUAGUUGACGGGAUUCAUGUUAGAGUCGGAGCAGAUGAUUGUCAACUAAAAGGAAUAUCGACGUUUAUGUUGGAAAUGAUAGAAACGUCUUCUAUAAUUAGAACAGCAACUGACAAGUCUCUAGUAAUUAUUGACGAGUUGGGAAGAGGGACGUCUACGUAUGAUGGUUGUGGAAUUGCAUGGGCGAUUGCAGAGCAUCUUGCACAGAAUCUUAAAAGUUUCUCAUUAUUUGCCACACAUUUCCACGAGCUAAGCAGGUUAGCGGAGGAAAAUACCAACGUAGAAAAUUUGCAUGUAACAGCCGUUGUUACAGAAAAUACCAUAACGCCUCUUUAUCAAGUAAGAAAAGGAGAGUGUGACAAAAGUUACGGCAUUUAUUGUGCAAGAAUGGUCGGUUUUCCAGAUGAUGUUAUUCAGGAAUCUGUGAAUUAUCAAACAAAACUGGAGGAUCUUGAAGGAAUGAAGCACAUAAACAACUUUGAACAGCCGAUCAAACGCAAAUUGGUUAAGGAAGCUGAUGCUGUGAUAAAAAAUGUCAUGAACAAGCUGAAAACUCUGAAUAGUGAAAAUAACGACGACGAUGAAAAUAUACUUAAAACAAUUAAAUCUGAAUUAGAUUCACAAGAAAACUUAUUCUUAAAAGGGCUAGUUUCAUAAAAUGCUGGGUCUUAUAAAAUAUAUUUUAUUAUCUCAGACUACAUGCUAUUUUUAUAUUUAACCCGCUUUCAUUCAGCUGGUGCCUCGAAGUGUACUUCUUGAGAAUGAGAUUCUAGAAUUAAAAAUUAUGAUUAAAACAAUGAA